GUUUUUGAUACGCUACCGACGCCCCGAUCGAGAUACUGCCCGGCCGCCUCCUCCUCCUCCCACUCUUUUUAUAGCGGAUCGAACGGGGACCGGGAAAGGGACGAAGAGGCCGCCGAGCCCUGCCUUCUCAUUCGCUCUCCUCUCUCCCCGUCCCAUGCCACCAUCUCCUUUGCGCUGAUUCCGUUUCCUUCUACGUCGCCAAAAGUAGCAGUCUGCUCCCAAAGAAGAAUUUUUUGGGGGUUGGGGAAUGGCGGUGCGUUUGGAUUAAUGUUCUUUGGAAGGAAAUCAAGUGGGGAAAGUAGCUUUUGUCAUCGAAAGAUUGAGCUUCGGGCUGCUCUCAUGACGCUAUUUAGAGUUUAAGCUGAAAUUUGUUUGUUUGGAUCGAUUCGUUUAUUUUCUUAGCUGAGUCGCUUAUCGAUUCCUUGUGUCGAAGUGCAUUGAGGAGAAAAGCGAAGUUCAUGUAUCUAUUCUUCAUUGACUUGGUCGGCAGAGUCCGUUCUUUUAUCUCCUUUGAAGAUUUCGAGGUUUUGGGGAUUUGAAUGUGAAUGAAUCGGAUUUGGCUGUUCUUAUGAAUGGAAGGCAGAGCUCUUUGGUUUCAAGGGAUGUGCUGCUUAGAAAGAAUAGCUGGAUGGUUUCAAGGCCCAAGAUCAAACUUUGGAUGGUACGAUUGACGACGAUGGUGUUGCUUUGGACGUGCGUCCUCCAGCUUACGGCAAUUGGGGAUAUAUGGGGGCCGAGGAUCUUGAGACGGUGGCCAGCCUUCCUCACUCCCUCCUAUAAUUCACCACUCGCAGUGAAUGAAUCCUCUCCGGUCAUCUUCGUCGACAAAAUUCUUCUGCCGCCCAAAAGAAUCUACAAGAACAAUGGAUACUUGAUGGUUUCAUGCAAUGGUGGACUUAAUCAGAUGAGAGGAGCAAUUUGCGACAUGGUUGCUAUUGCAAGAUAUUUGAAUGUAACACUUAUAAUACCAGAGUUGGACAAAACCUCCUUUUGGAACGACCCUAGUGAGUUCCAAGAUAUAUUUGAUGUUGAUCAUUUUAUAACUUCAUUGAAAGAUGAGGUUAGAAUAUUGAAGGAACUUCCUCCGAAGUUAAAGGAAACGGUUAGUCGAGGACUAGUUUAUUCAAUGCCUCCUGUUAGUUGGUCUGAUAUUUCUUACUAUGAAAAUCAGAUUCUUCCUUUGAUACAAAAGCACAAGGUCAUUCAUUUGAACAGAACUGAUGCCCGACUUGCUAACAACGGUCUGCCGCUAGCAAUACAAAGAUUGCGCUGCAAAGUGAACUAUGUCUCUCUUAGAUUCACCCCUCAAAUUGAAGAAUUGGGCAGAAGAAUUAUUAGAAUUCUGCGACAGCAAGGUCCUUUUAUGGUCCUGCAUCUGCGAUAUGAAAUGGAUAUGUUGGCAUUCUCAGGGUGCACUCAAGGUUGUACUCCUGAGGAAGCAGAUGAGUUGACAAGAAUGAGGUAUGCCUAUCCCUGGUGGAAAGAGAAAGUCAUCAACUCUGAUAUGAAAAGGAAAGAUGGUCUCUGUCCUCUAACACCUGAAGAGACCACUUUGUUACUGAGGGCAUUGGGCAUUGAUAGCAACUUUCAAAUACAUAUUGCAGCUGGAGAAAUAUUUGGUGGAGAAAGGAGAAUGAAAGCUCUUUCUGCUGCUUAUCCUCGACUGGUAAAAAAGGAAACUCUGUUGGGAAAUUCGGAUCUUAGAUACUUCCAGAAUCAUUCAUCCCAGAUGGCUGCAUUAGAUUACUUGGUUUCCUUAGAGAGUGAUAUCUUCGUUCCUACAUACGACGGUAACAUGGACAAAGUUGUUGAAGGUCAUCGUAGGUACUUGGGGUUCAAGAAGACGAUUCUGUUAGACCGAAAGCGCCUGGUCGAUCUGAUAGAUCAGUACACUAAUGGCACUUUGAGUUGGGAUGAAUUCUCCUGGUCGGUGAAGGCAACUCAUACCGAGCGCAUGGGGAACCCUAGCAGGAGAGUGGUGAUUCCUGACAGGCCCAAGGAAGAGGACUGCUUCUAUGCAAACCCCCAAGAGUGUCUCCCACAGCCUGAUAAACCAUAGACUUCAUGAGUACAUUUCAGGGUAGUUUGCUUAGAGAUGAUCAAAUGAGCAAGUUGCAGAUGAAUGUUUCAGGCAAUAUACGAUAGGUUUAUUUAUAAUAUUCGAAUAAUCUUCAUUCUUGUAUAGAAGAGUUAAGAAUAAAAGUGAACAGGGAGAGGAGGGAUGGAGGAAUGAUGUAAUCUGAUAACAAUAACACGAGACAGUAACUAAGAGAUUAUAAUGUUGUAUCGAUCGAUGAGGCUCAUUUUUUAUGAUAAAUUCUGUAUAAUUAGAAUGAUAAAUCCAUACUUACCUCAACCUGUUGUUGCA